CUUUUAAAUUCUUAGGAGGCAAAGGAUCAGGACGCGGGACCUUCUCGACACACUUGAGGCCAUUCUAGAACUGAUUAUCAACGAUAACUAGUAUUUCAUUUAAUCCACUGGAAAGGAGGGAGAAAGGUGCCAGAAGCAAACUUGAGCCCGCUCAGAGGAUCCGUGGUCCCGGCCUUUGCAGGAGCCGCGUGCCGGAAGGCGAAGACCCCACGGGGAACCAGGAGGAGACGCGAGCUUUUCGCCCCUUCGGCGAGGCCGGAGCCUUGGACUGAGCCGCGGCGGGACAGCUGCGGCGGCGGAGGCCAGGAGAAGAUGCACGGCUCGGGGCCCCGGGGUGCGGGAUGCCGGCGGCCCCCGGGCGGCAGCGGUGGCUCCCCCAGCACCCCUGCGUCUUUGGCCGGCUGCUACUCUGCACCUCGCAGGGCCCCCCUCUGGACGUGCCUUCUCCUGUGCGGCGCGCUCCGGACCCUCCUGGCCAGCCCCAGCAACGAAGUGAAUUUAUUGGAUUCACGUACCGUCAUGGGGGACCUGGGAUGGAUUGCUUUUCCGAAAAAUGGGUGGGAAGAAAUUGGUGAAGUUGAUGAAAAUUAUGCCCCUAUCCAUACUUACCAAGUAUGCAAAGUUAUGGAACAGAAUCAGAAUAACUGGCUUCUGACCAGUUGGAUCUCCAAUGAAGGUGCUUCCAGAAUCUUCAUAGAACUUAAGUUUACUUUACGGGACUGCAACAGCCUUCCUGGAGGACUGGGGACCUGUAAGGAAACUUUUAACAUGUAUUACUUUGAGUCAGAUGAUGAGAAUGGGAGGAAUAUCAAGGAAAAUCAAUACAUCAAAAUUGAUACCAUUGCUGCCGAUGAAAGCUUUACAGAACUUGAUCUUGGUGACCGUGUCAUGAAACUGAAUACGGAGGUUAGAGAUGUAGGACCUCUAAGCAAAACGGGAUUUUAUCUUGCCUUUCAAGAUCUAGGUGCUUGCAUUGCUCUGGUUUCUGUGCGUGUGUACUAUAAAAAGUGUCCUUCUGUGGUACGACACUUGGCUGUCUUCCCUGACACAAUCACCGGAGCAGAUUCUUCACAGUUGCUAGAAGUGUCAGGUUCCUGUGUCAACCAUUCUGUGACAGAUGAACCACCAAAAAUGCAUUGCAGCGCAGAAGGGGAGUGGCUGGUGCCCAUCGGGAAAUGCAUGUGCAAAGCAGGAUAUGAAGAGAAAAAUGGCACCUGUCAAGUGUGCAGACCUGGGUUCUUCAAAGCCUCACCUCACAGCCAGAGCUGCAGCAAAUGUCCACCUCACAGUUAUACCCAUGAGGAAGCUUCAACCUCUUGUGUCUGUGAAAAGGAUUAUUUCAGGAGGGAGUCUGAUCCACCCACAAUGGCAUGCACAAGACCCCCCUCAGCUCCGCGGAAUGCCAUCUCAAAUGUUAAUGAAACUAGUGUCUUUCUGGAAUGGAUUCCUCCUGCUGACACUGGUGGAAGGAAAGAUGUGUCAUAUUAUAUUGCAUGCAAGAAGUGCAACUCCCAUGCAGGUGUGUGUGACGAGUGUGGAGGUCAUGUCAGGUACCUGCCCCAGCAAAUCGGCCUGAAAAACACCUCUGUCAUGAUGGUGGAUCUGCUCGCUCACACAAACUAUACCUUUGAGAUUGAGGCAGUGAAUGGAGUGUCCGACUUGAGCCCAGGAGCCCGGCAGUAUGUGUCUGUAAAUGUAACCACAAAUCAAGCAGCCCCCUCUCCAAUCACCAAUGUGAAAAAAGGGAAGAUUGCAAAGAACAGCAUCUCUUUGUCUUGGCAAGAGCCAGAUCGCCCCAAUGGAAUCAUCCUGGAGUACGAAAUCAAAUAUUUUGAAAAGGACCAAGAGACCAGCUACACGAUUAUCAAAUCUAAAGAGACAACUAUAACUGCAGAGGGCUUGAAACCAGCUUCGGUGUACAUCUUCCAAAUUCGAGCACGCACAGCAGCAGGCUAUGGUGUCUUCAGUCGAAGAUUUGAGUUUGAAACCAUCCCAGUGUCAGUUGCAGCCUCCAGCGAUCAAAGCCAGAUUCCUAUAAUUGCUGUGUCUGUGACAGUUGGAGUCAUUUUGUUGGCAGUGGUUAUCGGCUUCCUCCUCAGUGGAAGGAGAGGGAUUUCUAUCUUCAAUGUCCUUAGAACACAUUUGUAUAAGUCAAGUUGCUGCGAAUGUGGCUGUGGAAGGGCUUCUUCCCUGUGCGCUGUUGCCCAUCCAAGCCUAAUAUGGCGGUGUGGUUACAGCAAAGCAAAGCAAGACCCAGAAGAGGAAAAGAUGCAUUUCCAUAAUGGGCACAUUAAACUGCCGGGAGUAAGAACAUACAUUGAUCCACACACCUAUGAGGAUCCCAAUCAAGCUGUUCAUGAAUUUGCCAAGGAGAUAGAAGCUUCAUGCAUUACCAUUGAACGAGUUAUUGGAGCAGGUGAAUUUGGUGAAGUGUGUAGUGGACGUUUGAAACUUCCAGGAAAAAGAGAAUUACCUGUGGCGAUCAAAACCCUUAAAGUAGGCUACACUGAAAAACAGCGUAGAGAUUUCCUGGGUGAAGCAAGCAUCAUGGGGCAGUUUGAUCAUCCUAACAUCAUUCAUUUAGAAGGUGUAGUGACCAAAAGUAAACCAGUGAUGAUAGUGACAGAGUAUAUGGAAAAUGGCUCUUUAGAUACAUUUUUAAAGAAGAACGAUGGGCAGUUCACUGUGAUUCAGAUUGUGGGCAUGCUGAGGGGCAUCGCCGCGGGAAUGAAGCACCUGUCCGACAUGGGCUAUGUGCACAGAGACCUCGCUGCUAGGAACAUCUUAAUCAACAGUAACCUUGUGUGCAAAGUGUCUGACUUUGGACUUUCCAGGGUACUGGAGGACGAUCCUGAAGCAGCCUAUACCACAAGGGGAGGCAAAAUUCCUAUCAGAUGGACUGCCCCAGAAGCUAUAGCUUUCCGAAAGUUUACCUCUGCUAGUGAUGUCUGGAGCUAUGGGAUCGUAAUGUGGGAGGUCGUGUCUUACGGGGAGAGACCCUACUGGGAGAUGACCAACCAGGAUGUUAUUAAAGCAGUAGAGGAAGGCUACCGUCUGCCGAGCCCCAUGGACUGUCCUGCUGCCCUCUACCAAUUAAUGCUGGAUUGCUGGCAGAAAGACCGAAACAGCAGGCCCAAGUUUGAUGAAAUCGUCAACAUGCUGGACAAGCUUAUACGUAACCCAAGUAGCUUGAAGACGCUGGUUAAUUCAUCGAGCAGAGUAUCCAAUUUAUUGGCAGAACAUGGCCCACUGGGAUCUGGGGCCUACAGAUCAGUAGGUGAAUGGCUAGAAGCAAUCAAAAUGGGCCGGUAUACAGAGAUUUUCAUGGAAAAUGGAUACAGUUCAAUGGACGCUGUGGCUCAGGUGACCUUGGAGGACUUGAGACGGCUUGGAGUGACUCUUGUCGGUCACCAGAAGAAGAUCAUGAACAGCCUUCAAGAAAUGAAGGUGCAGCUGGUAAAUGGGAUGGUGCCAUUGUAACUUCAUUUUAAUGUCACUUCAUUGAAUGAAUGAUUCUGCACUUUGUAAACAAGCCCUGAGAUUUAUUUUAACAAAAAAAAAGAGAAAAAAGGGAAAACUCAGUGAUUUCUAAACCUUUUGAGAGCAUUUCUUUCAGCCACAGAAUUUGUAAUCAGUGUUUUACUAAAAACUUCCUUAGCUUCCUCCCAGUGACUUCAAGUUUUUAUGAAACAAGGAUGACCUCCUUGGAAUAAUAGCAUGAGGUUAAAUUAUAUCUUAUCUUACAGCAACGAAAUCCUCACCACUACUUCUACAACAUUUUAUACAUGAGACAUAUAACUAUAAAUGGCACCUUUGUAGACUGAAUUAAGGCAGCACCUUUCAAGACUUCCAAGAAUCUACUUGAAAGGAAAAGUUUUGUAGUCAUGUGUGGGCUAACAAAAGCUACAAUUUACUGAAGUUUACUUCAAGUCUUAAUUAUCUACAUAAGUGUAUUGAAGAGCAAUAUGGCUAGAUAGUUUCUUAAUAGGUACCUUAUUUUGUAAUUUUGAAGUGCUGUUACACAGUGUUAAGUUAUAGAAACUAGUAUAUAAACAUAUUGCUUGAUCAAGGAUAAGUGUAAUACAGGGUGUAUAUUUAUUUUUCUGUGUUAUAAAAUUUAGUUGCUCUUCUAGAAACUAUUAGGUAAUAAAUGUGUAUAUACUGUAUAAUUUGCUGUAUACCCAGGAAUCAAUUUAAGUUGGAAUUCUGCGUGUAUGUGCUUGCACACAUGUGCAUCACCAUUCUGCUUGCAUUUUUAAACUUUUAAUUUUAGCAACAUAGAGGACUAAGUGUUCCAGAGUAGACUAUGAAUUACAGAAAUAGGAAUGCAGUAAAACAAAAUUUAACAAAAGUUUGUGUCUUUUUUUCUCAUGUUUCCAAAAGCUACUAAAUCUCCUUACUCACUAACAGAAAAUGUCUAUAAGAUGAAAUCCCUUUUGGCUUAAAAAAAAAACUUUGUGAUAUCUGUUACAAUGCAGUUCUUCUAGCCAUUAAUCUUGCACCUCUGUAAGAAAUUUCACCUUUCUGAGUCCUAGAAAAUACCUUGUCAAACAACAGUGACACCGAAGAGCACAUUUACAGCAGGAUGUAGAAGGAUUUAACUGUGCAGACUUCUGUUAGUGUUGUUAAAUCCAGGCACAAAAAGCACUAAGCAUUACUCCUAAGUGUUAAUCCUUUUUAACCACUUCUCAUGUAGCUCAGCUCUAGAAAUUUUGAUACCAAGGCAGCAAAGAAAUGAUGGCAAAGGUAUAUAUAGCCUUCAGGAUUUUCUCUAUGUUAAGACAACAUGUUUUAUUUGUUGAUAAUAUGUAUUCAUUUGGAAAUUUCAUUUUAUAUUCAGUUCUAUCAUAUUGAAUUUAUUUUGAUGAACCAACUGAAAGUGUCAUGUAAUUGACCUUAUUAAGGAAUAUAAGGUGGUUCCUAUGUAUACUCUACAUACUUUGCUUGAUGAAAACUGACAUUUGUGAUUCCAAUUACAAGUUUAUUAGAACUUGAACAAAACUGAGCUUCUUGGUAAAAGAACCUAAUUUUUUGUAUUAUGACACUUUAUGGAAAUUAUGGAAUGACAUGUGAUUCAAGGACCACAACAUUUAAACAAAAGAGAGCCUACUUGUGAUUACCAAAUUGUAUACUGGAGUAGGCAGGAUGAGUGAAUCCAUAGGAAAUAUUCCUGCAUCCUACUAAUGGCGCAUCCUUCCUCUUUCCCAAGCACAGAUUUUAUUUAAAAGUUAACACAUAAGAGACUAAACUUUUAGGAAAUAACUUCUUUCUAUCAUGCCCACCUUUUACUCAAGCAAUGAAGUAGUUUGUUGCUAAAGAACAGGGACCAAAAAAAAAAAAAAAGGGAAAAGAAAAACAUUCCAAACAGUUCUCAGAUGAUAUAUUGAGUUCUGUCCACUUUUGGCUAUAACUUCUUAUUAGGUUUAUAGUGUGCUACGGUUCCAUAUGAACUAUGCUCCACAUUCACUGGUUCAGUGAGAUUCCAAAAGUAGAGAGGGGAGGAUACAAGAAGUCAAUAGGCUUUACCAUUAUUAAAGAGACAUUUGUUCAUUAUAAUAAACAUAAAAUUAACUAAUUUCUUAUGUACAAAAUAAUUGGAGAUUGUGUUGCACUUUAUUGAAUUGUGUAAAAACAACCAAAUAUAAAUGAUAAAGUAACAAAUGAGAAACUUCAAAGUAAGAAUUUAGAGUAUUACUUCAAAGAGAAACUACCAUAAAUUUUAGUGCUGAUGGACUAGCCACAAUCAGUUGCACAGUAGAAGGCAGCUUCUAAAUUAUUUUCCAGCUUUAUAUGUUCAAAGAUGAUUGGAAGGUCAGGCCAGAUAUAUCUAAGUGAUUAGAAUUUCAAGUAACAAUGUAGAUCUCCUCUUUCUCACAAAAGAACAUUAUACAUUAAUUUGGAUCAAAUUGAUUUGUUUCCUUUGCAAUCUUGGUGUUCAUUUUGCAAAGUUAACAGAUAAAUGUUAGACACAUAACUUUCAUCCAUAUCUAAAUACGGUUGAGAAUUUCUAAGGAAUGUCAAUGUGAUUUUAGAAGUAAUAAAGAGACUUUCAAAUAAUAUGUACUUCCCUUAAAAAAGGAAACAAUCCCUUUUUAAAAUAUUUGUUCACCACUGGAUAUAUCACCAAUUGGGAAGUGCCAGUCUCACUAUGAAUGUGAGAAGUGGAACAAGAGAAAGAGGCAGCUUUUGUGAAAUGCAGUGAGGCAGUAACCCAGAGCAAGGUUUGACAAAUCUUGAUUCUGUGAUUUCUUAUCUUUUUGGUUCAUUUGGUCAGCCACCCAACAACCAAAAACAAAAUACAAACUCAAUAAUUUUAGCAUAAGUGGUAGAUUCGUCAAAUGAUACAUAAUGUUUUUGUAACUAUCAGUAGCAAUAUCUUUAGGGUAUGAGUCUUUCUCAAUAUUACUUUGAAAAAUAGGUACAAUCUGGGAGUAAUUUUUCAACUUACUGAUAUCUGUUGAAGUUACUCAAUUAUUGCUUUUAUCACUCAUAAUUUCUUUCCUAAUCUUGUCAUUUGCUCACAUGUAAAAAUAUCAUGUUAUCAGUUGUUGUUCUUGGGCAUUGAAAUGUAUAAAUUAUAUGUAAAAAUGUAAAGAUUUUCAUUUUCUCAUUGAAAAAAAUUAACAUGCAUGGUCUUUUAUUUCUUGUAUUUAAUCACCAAGUCAGUGUUCUGAGGUUGUAGGAUUACUGUAAAAAUUAUAUUCUGAUAUUUUAUGUAAACUUAAAUAUGGCCAGCAUUAUUAUAUUAGUCUCAGUUGCCAAAAGUUAAGGACAUCCUUAAAUCAAUUUGUGAAAGAGUUUAACCAGUGUGCAAUGGUGAAGAAAUAGUUUCAUACCUCAAGUUUAAAGAAAAGUUAACAGCAGCUGGGCAUAUGUGUUUGCAUGUAUGCUAUUUAAUCUCUAUGUGAAAGUUAAAUGACUUUUAACACCAUUCUUUCUCCCAUUCAAAGUGGGUUCACUGAAGCACAAGCAGAGAUAUUUACCAGUGGAAGACAUUUUUGGCUGUAAUUGUUCAUUGGGUAGCAAAUUUUAUAUGAGUCAGAUGUUAGAAAUUUACUUAGAUGUAUAAUGUUGCAUAGUAGAAUAAAAUCAUUUCUCAUUUUGUUCUUUCUUAAAAUAAGAAAAAAGCAAGCUAAGUAUGGUAGUAAACUGUCUUUGCUUAUGUCUUUCCAGAUGUUAACCUCAAAAUAAAUAAAAAGUAGGUACAAUAAGAUGAUAAUGAUGGUGAUGAUGAUGAUGGUGAUAAUGAAUAAACAAUAAAAAACUAGUUUUAUUUGUAAUUAUAAUAACUGGAAUAAAUCAUCAUUUUUGUAACUAUGUAACACAGCUGGUUACAUUGAAUAUUUUUGUCUAUUAUGAUGUUAAUUAUAUAGUAAUGUAUCAAAGGAGGAGUAGGUAAAGCAUUCAUUUCUUGUUGAUUUAUGAAAAAGUCUUUUGACACAUACAUGAUUGAAUGUUCUUAUUCAGAAUGACUACAUAAUUAUUGCUUAGGAGAAGAUGCCAAUUCUUUUUUUGUAAGAGAGUCUACUUAUAAUAAUCAGAAUCAAAUAUCAUGUUUCUCUCCUAAAUGAAAAAAAAUGGAAGAUGACAAAUAUGUUUAUUAAGGCUAACCUAAAUCAACAGUAGAAAUUUCAGUGGUCAACAUAUUUGCGAAUCUUUAGGCUGUAAUAGUUUUUAAAUGAAUUAUUUAAAAGUAUGUAAAUUUCAUUUAUAAUAGUCUGAGAAUAAAACUUAGACUCACUUAUUUGUUAAUAUGUUUACUAAGAUCUCUUAGUUUCAGGCCAAAUGUUUCUUAUUUUAUGCUAAGCUUCAGGGUAUCUCAAGUCCCUGCCUCAGCAUUAAUUCAAAGAAGGAUGAGCACUUCUGUAUUUUCCCCAUUUGAAA